CAAGGACAACAUCUUAGUGGGAUGGUCAAGUUGGCUGACGGUGGGUGGGUGGGGGUGAGAGGAGCAGGACCAGAGUCUGGUGCGGCUUGUUGAGGCUGGAGGUCUUCCUGGAGGAAGAGGCUGCAGCUGCCAGUAGAGCCCCAGGAGGGUGGGUUGAAUCCAGAGGGAGCAGAACGGCUGGCUCCCCAGGGCCGAUGGAGCCUGAGGAUUCCUGGGGCCGCGUGGGGCGUCAGUCAGGGUUGCUGGCUUAGGGACCCCUGUCCAAGCGUGGGAGCAGGUCCUGACGUGUGGGCUUUGAGGGUGCUGGUGCAAGAGGAGGGUGUUAAGGAGCGGGCCUGAGGGGGGAUCUGGGCACUAAGUGGAGCCAGGCAUGGGCAGAGGGGCAGGGAGUGUGGUGGUUGGGGGAUGCUGGGUGUUCAAGCCUUUGUGUCUCCAAUGUCUCUUUCGCUGUCUCUGUCUGCGUCUUUUUCUCCAUCUCUCCACCUGUCGGUCUCUCCAUCCCCGGCUCUGCGUCUUUCCCUUCCCGUCGCUCUCCACGCAUCCACGACUCUGUCUCUGGUUCUCUCGGUCUCUGGGGGCCUAGCCGCGGUCCCCGCCCAGAGGCUGGCGAGGCCGGGGGCGGGCCGGGGGCGGGCCUCGCGGCGCGGCCGGGCGGGGUUAAAGGGCCCGGCCGCCGGACGGCGCGGUCAGAACCGAGGUUGCGGUGCGGGCGGAUCUGGAUCCCGGAUCGAGAGGCAGAGGCCGAGGCCGAGACCCGCGAGGAUGCUGCCCGUCACGGAGCACCUGCUGUAUCUCCUGGGACUGGAGAAGACCGCCUUCCGCUUGUAUGUGGUGUCUGCACUCGUCCUGUCCGUACUCUUCUUCCUCUGCCGCCUGCUGAUACAGAUCCUGAGGUUCUGCUGGCGUUGCUACAUCACCUGCCGCCGGCUGAGCUGCUUCCCCCAGCCACCCCGGCGCAACUGGCUGCUGGGCCACCUGGGCAUGUAUCUUCCAAAUGAGACAGGCCUCCAAGAUGAGAAGAAGGUGCUGGACAACAUGCAUCAUGUGAUCCUGGUGUGGAUUGGCCCCAUUUUGCCGCUGUUGGUUCUGGUGCAUCCUGACUACAUCAAGCCCGUAGUGGGUGCCUCAGCUGCCAUUGCCCCCAAGGAUGACCUUUUCUACGGUUUCCUGAAACCUUGGCUGGGAGAUGGGCUGCUGCUUAGCAAAGGUGAGAAGUGGAGCCGGCACCGCCGCCUGCUGACCCCCGCCUUUCACUUCGACAUCCUGAAGCCCUACAUGAAGAUCUUCAACCAGUGCACUGACAUCAUGCAUGCUAAAUGGCGGCGCCUGGCGGAGGGCCCAGUGGUCUCCCUUGACAUGUUUGAGCACGUCAGCCUCAUGACCCUGGACAGUCUUCAGAAAUGUGUCUUCAGCCACAACAGCAACUGCCAGGAGAAGAUGAGCGAUUACAUCUCGGCCAUCAUCGAGCUGAGCGCACUCGUGGUCCGGCGCCAAUACCGCGUACACCACCACAUCGACCUCAUCUACUACCUCACGGCAGACGGGCGGCGUUUCCGGCAGGCCUGUGACACCGUGCACCGCUUCACCACGGAGGUCAUCCAGGAGCGGAGGCGGGCGCUGCACCAGCAGGGGGCCGAGGCCUGGCUUAAGGGCAAACAGGGCAAGACCUUGGACUUCAUCGAUGUGCUGCUCCUGGCCAAGGAUGAAGACGGGAAGGAACUGUCAGAUGAGGACAUCCGAGCUGAGGCGGACACCUUUAUGUUUGAAGGUCAUGACACAACAUCCAGUGGCCUGUCAUGGGUGCUGUUCAACUUGGCCAAGUAUCCAGAGUACCAGGAGAAGUGCCGGGAAGAGAUCCGGGAGGUCAUGCAAGGCCGGGAGCUGGAGGAGCUGGAGUGGGACGACCUGACCCAGCUGCCUUUCACCACUAUGUGCAUCAAGGAGAGCCUACGCCAGUUCCCACCCGUGACCCUGGUCUCCCGCCGCUGCACAGAGGACAUCAAGCUUCCAGAUGGGCGUGUCAUCCCCAAAGGAAUUAUCUGCCUGGUCAGCAUCUACGGGACCCACCACAACCCCACAGUGUGGCCUGACUCCAAGGUGUACAACCCCUAUCGCUUUGACCCGGACAACCCACAGCAGCGCUCCCCACUGGCCUAUGUGCCCUUCUCCGCAGGACCCAGAAACUGCAUCGGACAGAGCUUUGCCAUGGCCGAGAUGCGCGUGGCCGUGGCGCUGACGCUGUUGCGUUUCCGCCUGAGUGUGGACCGAACGCGCAAGGUGCGGCGGAAGCCUGAGCUCAUCUUGCGCACGGAGAACGGCAUCUGGCUCAACGUGGAGCCACUGCCUCCGCGGGCCUGAUCGCCGGCGCUUCCCUGCGGAUCCCGGGGGGCCCAAGCCCCGCCCAAAGAGGCCAAGGCCCCGCCCCCGAGGGACCAGACCCCGCCCCCAGGGCCCUGAGGGCAGAGGCCACGCCCCUCGAAGGCCCGGUUGGGCUCCUGGAGGACCAGGCUCCUCCACUGAGCAGUAUGAUGAAGGUGCAGGCCACGCCCCUCAUGGCAAGGCUCCGCCUCCUGACGGUCUGGUCCUCCCCCUUGAGGUCCAGGUCAGGUCCCCCGAGUGCCUGCUUUCCUGCUUGAGGGACCAGGCUCAGCCGCAUCUCUUCGGGCCCAGACCCACCCCCAGGAUCCAGAGCACUCGGGCCUUCAGGCCCCACCCACCCAGCCAUCUGAGGACCCUAGACCUGACACCUAAGGCCUCUGGGAUUCAGUACCUGUCCCCCGUGGAUCCCGGCUGGCUUUUAAGUUGAGGACUUGAGAGCUGGAGCCUGAAGUAAGAGCCCUGGACCCGGACGUCAGCUUCUUGAGGUCCCCAGCUCAUAUGGGUGAACUCCUCUGGCAUCAGGCUGCAUCCCAGGGCUCAGGGUGUGUGCUUCUGUCGAUGUUUUGUAAAUCCAGACCUUCCCUGGAAAGCCUCUUCCUUCCUCCUUUGCUGAAAGGCCCUUUGCUGAGUGUUCUGAUUUUUGUAGAAUAAAAGCGAGGGAUGCAGACACCCUCCCCCCCCUCACCGUCUACUCCCUAGCUCAGCCAGACACUUCCCUUGGGCUCCAGGAAGGAAAUGAAGGUGCCUGGACAGAUGGGAGGCAACUGAGGGAAGGUAUGGGCUAGGAGGCUGGGAAGCCAUUUGUCCUCAGACACGAACUCAGGCUUUUGGGGACAGUUUGUGCAUUCAUUUAUCUCAUCAACAGACCACAUAUUAAUUAAGUGUUUGUUGGCACUGGGCCUGGAGCACAGCCGGGCCCAAUUCCUGCCAUCGGGAGAACAGGAGACAGAUGUUGAACAAAUAAUUCCACACGUAAAUUUAUUUACAAUCCGUGACAAGUGCUCCAAAAGAGAGGCCCUUGUUGCUCUGUGACACAACAGGGGGGUGGCUCAGGGAGAGCUUCUCUGAUGCUGAAGUGAGGGUACAAGUUGAGUGGUGACAAGGAGAGAAGAGCAUGUCAGGUGGGAGGGACAGCAUCUGCAGAUGUCCCCAGGUAAGGGAGAACAUGGUGUGCUCGAGGAGCACCACUCCAGAGAGGCUGGAUCCGGAGGAGGGGUGCAGACUGGAGGAAAGUCGUGCAGGGGCCAACUGCCCAGGAACUGCGGGCUACAUCUCAGUUCAAGCCUUAUGCUGAAGGCAAUAGGGAGCUAUAGAAGGUGUGUGAGCAGGAGCAUGACAGGAUCUGGUCAGAUAUGAGCUGGCAGGACGGUGGCUUGGAAGGGGGGGGGACACUGGGGAAUGGAAACCUGGGGAAGAGGGAGACUGAGGCCCAGGCAGGACAGGAGGGGGGACUACCUAGCCACAGGAGCUGCGGUGAGGGAGGAGUUAAGGGUGAUUUCCAAGUCUUUGGCUGGGGGAACAGGUGAUGGUGUAGUCCCUGAUAUGAUGAUAAAGAAGAUGGGGCAGUGACAAGGUGUCUACAAUAACCAUAUUAACUCAUCAAAUAUUUAUUGAGCAUCUGCUGUAAGCCAGGUGGUAUUUGAGCCCUUACAUAAUUGACCUUUGUUGGGUGUGGGGGGAGGUUAACAUGACGAAUAAUAAAUGAGCAAAUAAGUAAAUUCA